AUGGAUGAAGGCAGCCAAGAAAUGCCAGAUUUCAUCGUGAUACCUGCUUUGUGUUCGCGAUCACGACUCGGACUCGGUGGGACGCCCUCUAAAGAUGGCGGCAACGAGCGAGAACGCAAGUGGGCAUUGUCGUACAAGCCUACACAAUGGCAAGAUCUACAAUACGACGAGCUACCGAGUCCGAAUCACAUCCGCUUGCUGCAGAAACACGAGAAGGAAGAUCAUCGACUUUUCGAAUAUACACUCCGCACUUUCCACAUCGAUGAGGCGCCACUAUAUACCACGCUCUCCUAUACAUGGGGGUCUCCCUACGAAGCAACGGCAAAGCCUGAUAACAACAUUGGCGAGGAGUACGACUACCAUAUCAUCGUGAACGGCCAAAUCCAUCAUGCCUCGGAGAAUCUGUUUCUGGUAUGUAUUGAUCAAGCAGAUGACAAGGAGAAAGCUACUCAAGUGGCAAGGAUGGGCACGAUUUAUGCCAAGGCUGCUGGGACUUAUGUUUGGCUCGGAGAGCAGGAUGCUGCCGCUGAGGUCGUCUACGAGAUCAUGGAGACUUUUGUACCGGCUUGGUUACAGGCUUGUGAUGAAGGGAGGCUCUCGGUUUCGCAGAUCGUGACUCUUGGUGAGGAGGCGGCCUUUUGGACGAUUGUGGGGGUGCCACGAUGGGGAGAUAAGCAAACCGAUAGCAUCGUGCAAUUCUUCAAUCGAAGCUGGUUUGAGCGAGCGUGGACGAUCCAAGAACUUGUUCUAGGCAAAGAUUUCGCAGUCGCUUGUGGUGGACUAGCAUUGAACUGGCUAUACUUCAGCGCUCUGUCCCAUUUCCUGUUUAGAAGCGGACUCUAUCUGGCCAUGCAAAAGGUGAAGAACCUCUCACUUGCGCCACAGACGGUCAUCACGUUCGAAAAUGAAUCGAGAAUAUACGAACUCAAGCAGACCACCGACACACAGGCUGUAGGUGGCAUUCCGAUGGCAUAUGAUAAAUUACGGGAUGCAUGCGUAGAACAGUACUCCAGAGGCCUGACGUCGUGCCCCGAUGGCCACAUCGACACGCCAGAUAAAGAGCGGUUCUACACUAUGCUCGCGAGUCUUGUACUCUUCUUCCGAGGUGCAAGAGCUGCAAGAUCUGUAGACAAGAUCUUCGCGCCCUUGGCGGUGGCCGCUCAACUUCUUGCUUGUGAGAAACGCCGACAUCAUUACAUCAAGCCCGAUUAUGGCAGCCCUCCCGUGAAGACCUUCGUGGAAGCGACACGUACGAUCAUCGAGCAUACGAGAUCCUCGGCUAUACUUAGCCACAUCGAGCCGUGGAAGAGUCGUACCAUGCACGAAUUACCUUCGUGGGUUCCGGACUUCUCGAGUGUCAUAAUGGGGUCUAUGAAUCUAGGGGACAACGGUAAGAGCCUGUUGAUCAAGCCGACAUAUAACGCGAUGGCAGGCUGCAGCGAGCUUUUUAGAGCCAUCGCAGCGGAUCGGAUGUUAAUGGUGAGGGGCACAAUCUGGCAGACCAUGGCAGAAAAUAUUCCUGACAGACCUGAUGCUUACUUCAACCUACGACCUUUGCUAUACGUGAAACUCGCGGCGAGCGUGUCGACGGUUCAUGCCAAUGGCCAGAAGCGAGCAGAGGUACUAUGGCGGACGAUGAUCUGCGAUUGUCAGGACGAUGUCCAUCCUGCUCCAGACUUGAGCCGAAUCUUUCACGACUUUUUUCUGGCACAGAUUCUUGGUAAUUUCGAUACACAAGACGACGAAGAGCUCUUAGCUGGGAGCUCAUCCAGAUCCCCAGACUGGCCAGAGCUUGAUACGCUCUCCAAGGACGCAGAAAUGACGAUACCCGGUGUGCAGGAUGUUACGAGGGCCGCCCGUGACAGCGAGCAUGGAGUUGAGCAAAUCACGGAUGCCGAGGAGUCCAUUGCACGAGCUGAAGUUUUUCCAAGGCUAUAUCAAGUGGCCCGCUCCAAGCGAAGGAUAUUCCGCACCUCGGAUGGCGCGCUUGGACACGGCGCAGAGCGUCUGCAGGGUGGCGACGUGGUUGCUUUUCUCGUCGGAGCCACUAUACCUUUCAUACUCCGACCCAUCGAUGUUGACCAAUAUCGACUGAUUGGGGAGACAUAUAUGCAUGGCUACAUGCACGGUGAAGCGCUGAGAGGUAGCGGGCUGGUCUUCCAGGAUAUUGGUUUGGUGUAA